AACGGAAGCGCGCAUUUCAGUAUUUGAGUUACGACAUUGGUCGCUGGCGGAAUAAUCAAACAAUUAACUGAAAGAAGCUUUCUAAUACCCUGUGUAGAAUGUGGUAAAAAUGGCUAUUGGUGUUCAUUUAACAAGAUUGGUGUAUAGAUACUAACACAACAGCGUUCUAUAUUGAAAAUGACUGUCCCGUCACCAUACGACGGUAACCCACAACCACAGUUUGAUUUUGAAGAGGAGUAUGAUGAACUGAAUGCUCAACUGGAUGCAUUGUCAAAGUGCUUAGAUAUAUUGGAAGCAAAAAGUAAAAAAGUAUGCGACGAAGCUAAGCGUCUUGUUAUUGAAUACAGAAGUCAAAACUAUGAAACAUCAUCUUGAAUUAUUUUCAACAUACACUUAUCACAUAAAUAUUCUAUGUAUUUUUUUCUUCAUUCAUAACAUUUAAUUUCUCGAAAAAUACUUUUGUUGUAAUUGAUUUUCUCAUAUUCCCAUUUGAUUUGUCAAAUAACUGGUUUCAUUAUGUUACAAUACUUUUAUUUACACAUCUCCAAAUGAUUAAUGAAGUUUUAUUAGACGGUUAUUCAUCUUAAAAGUUAUGAUAAUCAAAUUAAUUAUAUAAUAUCUAUACCUCACACUUUUUAUAUGUACUGUCUUAAUAACUGACAGAGUGAACUAACGACUGCAUAUGUAGGUGAAUAUGCAAUUUUCAAUACGAAUUAUGCUAUCAUAUUCGAGACAUUUUGUUAUUUAUUGAAAUUUAAAGAUAAUGAUUUUCAGCGAUAAUAAUAAUAAUACGGAAACCGUGAAUUGAAGUAAAUGACCUUCACUAAUGGUAAGCACCAAUUGUACUAUGAAACCCGAUAACGAACAUAAAUUUGAAUCCAAC